AUGACUCCAGAAAGUCUCUUGCAGCUUAGAACCGAAAGGUGCACCGUCGGUUGUCCCGUACUUGAUCGCUUCCUCGCCGGUGGCAUCCCCUGCAACUCCAUGACGGAGCUAGUGGCUGAAAGCGGCUCUGGGAAGACCCAGUUUUGCCUACAACUUGUCCUCUCUGCUCAAUUACCACCCUCCCAUGGCGGCUUAUCAGCUUCAUCCCUAUAUAUCCACACCGAAUUCCCCUUCCCCUUUCGCCGUCUCCGACAACUCUCCACCGCUUUUCUAUCCUCGCACUCGGACAUUUUCACAUCUUCAAACAACUACGAUCCUUGCGACAACGUGUUCGUGCAGGGCGUUUAUUCUGCGGAUGAGAUGCUCGAUAUAAUGGCCAAGAUAGAGUCAUUCCUCCAGGUGAAUUCAAAAUCGAAGUUUCCUGUUAGGCUAAUAGUGAUCGAUUCCAUUGCUGCUCUGUUUCGAUCCGAAUUCGAGAACACUGGUUUCGAUCUGAAGCGCAGAUCUUCGCUAUUUUUCAAGAUUUCUGGGAAUUUGAAGUCAAUGGCAAAGAGAUUUGGAUUGGCGGUAGUCUUGACGAACCAGGUGGUUGAUUUGAUUGGGGGAAUCGCAGAAGGUAUGAAUGGGAUUAGGGUUGGGAAUUUGAGCAGUUUAAGUACCUCGGGAAGAAGGGUUUGCGCUGCGUUAGGAAUUGCGUGGGCGAAUUGCGUGAACUCGAGGCUGUUCAUAUCGAGAAAUGAGGAAGUGGUCGUAGGAGGAGGAAACGCCAUGGUUGGUGAGGAAGGAGGUGGGGUUUAUCAACAGAGCAAAACGAGGAGGAGGCUCAGUGUUGUGUUUGCUCCUCAUUUGCCAGAAUCCUCCUGCGAAUUCGUGAUCAGAAGAGAAGGCAUUUUUGGGGUAGAGACGUAACUUACAGAGGUCAUCAUAUGUUUAAUCCUUAGCGCCACUCCGAAACUGAAAAAGGCCGAAGAAAAAUCAUGAUUUUGGAUUGGCUUGUAUGUUACCAUGGUAAUAUGCUUCUAUACUUCAUCUUUCCCUCUUCACAUCCUCAAAUCUUUGUCGCGGUUGUCAUAGCCAUUUUCCUUAUCAGAAAUUAACUCAGCUUAUACCUUGAUGUAAUUUGUUCUUCGUCUAUACCACCUUCUCCUUCGCA